AUGCUUGAUGAAUUGUCGAAUGGUAUUAUUGUAAAAGCAAAAAAAUUUUCAGUUAGUUUUUUUUCAGCAAAUAUACAAACCGAUUUCGGUAUUUGUGGUUGGAUACUCACAUUUUUAUCCUACAUUCUGAUAUUCUUCACAUUGCCCAUUUCGGCUUGUAUGUGCAUUAAGGUCGUUCAGGAAUACGAACGAGCAGUUAUUUUUCGGCUUGGCCGAUUAAUGCCUGGCAUAUUUUUCAUAGUUCCUUGUAUUGACACUUAUCGUAAAGUCGACCUUCGCGUUAUAUCAUUCGAAGUACCACCACAAGAGAUUCUUUCUAAAGACUCGGUGACAGUCGCUGUAGAUGCCGUCGUAUAUUUUCGCAUUUCGAAUGCAACAAUUUCUGUAACGAAUGUGGAAGAUGCUGCUCGAUCCACGAAAUUAUUGGCUCAAACAACUUUACGCAAUAUUCUUGGUACUAAAACCUUGGCUGAAAUGUUAUCUGACAGAGAAGCAAUAUCAUUACAAAUGCAGAGUACUUUGGAUGAAGCAACUGAGCCAUGGGGAGUUAAAGUCGAGCGCGUAGAGGUAAAAGAUGUUAGACUGCCAAUUCAACUGCAACGUGCUAUGGCUGCCGAAGCUGAAGCAGCUAGAGAAGCUCGAGCGAAGGUAAUUGUUGCUGAGGGUGAACAAAAAGCUUCUCGGGCACUAAAAGAAGCUGCUGAAGUUAUCGCACAAUCGCCACCUGCACUUCAAUUACGAUAUUUGCAAACCCUUAACUCAAUAAGGCAGUUUAUCACAUUUUAA